AGGGGGGAGAGCGAGGAAAGGGGGGAGAGUGAGGAAAGGGGGGAGAGAGGGGAAAGGGGGGAGAGAAGGGGGGAGAGAGGGGAAAGGGGGAUGAGAGGGGAAAGGGGGGAGAGAGGGGAAAGGGGGGAGAGCGGGGAAAGGGAGGAGAGAGAGGAAAGGGGGGAGAGCGGGGAAAGGGGGGAGAGAGGGGAAAGGGGGGAGAGCGGGGAAAGGGGGGAGAGAGGGGAAAGGGGGGAGAGCGGGGAAAGGGGGGAGAGAGGGGAAAGGGGGGAGAGAGGGGAAAGGGGGGAGAGCGGGGAAAGGGGGGAGAGAGGGGAAAGGGCGGAGAUUUCCCCAUGCGUUCCUUGA